AGGUUCCGGUAACGCCAAAGUUUUCCGGGAUGCCAAGUAGAAAAUAUUUUAGCCAACCAUUUGGUUUCCAUUUUUUUUUGUCAUUAUCACGUGUCAGGCGUCUUAUAAAUAUUUCAACUAUGCGCUGUAUUUUUAUAAAAUUACGUUUGCUUGUUUUUAACUGCGCAGAAUGUAUGUGUGUCACUCCCAGAAAUAUGUUCCACUGACUUCCUUUCUCUUUUGCAAGGAAGACAAGCCCAUCAGUCUAAUGUACAGUACGCACUUGCCUACUGUCAAUUCCUGGACUUCAGGUGCACGCUCUCAGAGAUUCACUUUACACAAUGUCGACCCAUCAAAAUCUCAGUGAGGGAGACUAUUUGUCCCUGAUGAGAGGCUUGAGAGAGCUGGACUUCCGUGGCUCUUCCGUUCCCAGUGCCCUAAUACUGACCGGAGAAGAUGCAUUUCCUUUGGUGAUGAACAGCAAAGGCGAAGUCUUGAUGGCUGCCUCCCAUUACGGCUCUGGACGAAUUGUGGUCCUGGGACAUGAGGGGUACUUGACAUCAUUUGACACUCUGGUAGAAAAUGCACUGUUUUGGCUCAAAGGAGAUAGAUCACGCAACCUGUCAGUCGGGGUCAACAAAAGCGUUCAAGCAGUGGCUGAUAACCACAGAAAAUCCAGCUUCCAAAUUAUAGUUGUGGGAGCGUUCCAGAAGAAUUUAAACGUUGAUGUUUAUGUAACAGACACCUAUAGCUUGAAUACUGAUGCAAAGGACCUGGUGGCAUUUCUGAAAAAUGGCGGAGGAGUGUUGAUUGGAGGGCAAGCAUGGAGUUGGGCCACAGACCACCCAAAGGAGAACACACUGCUUCGGUUUGGAGGGAAUAAAGUGUCUGGUGUGGCUGGGAUCUACUUCUCUGAACAUCCGGGUGAAGCUGAGUUGUUGCCCGUCUAUCCUCAGGUUCCAGCCUCAUGGAUGCGUGUGGUAUUGGGCAAGGAGUUUGAGGGCGACCUGGAGUUCUUACUUCAGGGGAUAUCUGAGUUUGACAUUUCAGGCGGUGCGAUUGCUUCUGAGAUUCUGAUUCACGGACGACUCGCCUUCCCUAUUGCGAAGACAGAAGAUGACCGUCCAUUUCUGGCAGCCUCCUAUUAUGGGCUUGGACGCAUUAUUCUUGUGAGCCAUGAAGGUUUUCUGGGACGAGAGGAGCUGACUCCAUUUUGGACCAACGCCAUUCACUGGUUGGAUGAUGGCCGACAUGGGACUGUUGGCAUUCUUCAACAUGACGCCCUUGACGUUCUCAAGAAAUCCUGGUUUAAGUGUGAAAAGAGCGACUUCAGGAAAGACCUGAGUGUAUUUGUGUGUUCAGCCUACAGUGACAAACAUGCACAGGAGAUUCAGAACUUUGUGGCGGAGGGAGGAGGCCUGCUGAUUGGUGGCCAUGCUUGGUACUGGGCACAGCAACACAGUGGCCAAAACCCACUCACAGAUUUCGCAGGGAACAAGAUCCUGAACAAAAUGGGCUUGAGCUUGUUGAGUGGAACCAUUCGGGGUGGUCGUUUCAAAGCCCAUGAUCCCAGCCAGACUGGCAAAGACACCUACCACUUCCGCCACCUUCUACAACGCUUUGCUGCUCAUGUAACUGAGGGAGAGGAUCUUACCAAGGAUGAGGAGCAAUGCCUUACAAAGCUUGGCAAGGACUGUGCCGCCUUCCUAAAAAUGAAUGCCCAUGAUCGCUGUUCAUAUGCUCAGGUCCUGUCCACCCUUACGCAUGUCCUGAAGAAAUCGGGGAUGCCACAGGUGUGUGACACCUGCCCAGUGAAGAAUCCCAAAGACCAUCUCCUGCUUAAUGUGGGCUCAGAAGUUUAUAAGACUUGCCCCAAUCCUGACAGCCUGCUGCCUUACCUCAUCAAGCAGAUCCCCUUGUUGCCUGUUGUUUAUAAUCACAGGAUUCCAUUGAGCGUCAACACAGCAGACAGCGAAGAGUGGAUCAGUACUGGUCUCUACCUCUCUCAUGGUAUGAAGACCUACAUAGCGAUGCCUCCACAGAUUGUCAACAAAGGAUGGAAGGUCCAAAUCGGUUGUCAAACAGACUAUCUUAAGGCUGCCGAGCUGAAGAGAGCGCCCAGUGUUCAUGAGCAGUUUCCUAUCAAGACUGAGAUGUUGCAGGUGUGGAAUUUGUGGGGAGGUCUCAUCUACUUGGUGGCCCCACCUAAAACCAAAAUGGAAGCGGUAGAGGUCAUCGUGCAGGUAGCUGUGCCGGCCCCUUACUAUAAAUCUGGUGUGACAACACUAGCCGACUGGAGCAUGCUGCGAACAGCUCCUUCCCCUUGGGCAGAGUUGGAGUUUGAAAAUGUCGUACUCACUGUACCGUCAGAUGUCAUUCGGAAUCUGGAUCGACCAGAUUUACUGGCAACACUCUGGGACAGGAUCAUGCGAGGCAUUGCUGACCUGGCUGCCAAACCACACAAAUUCCCCCGCAAAGAACGCUUUGUAGCAGAUGUGCAGAUUUCGAAUGGUUGGAUGCAUUCUGGUUACCCCGUCAUGAUGCACAAGGCCUCAGCAUAUGAACUGGUUGACAUUGAGAAUGCCAAGACAAAAGGCAUGUGGGGCCCAAUCCACGAACUCGGACACAAUCAGCAGAGAGAUUGCUGGGAGUUCCGGCCACAUACCACGGAGUGUACAUGCAACCUUUGGUCGGUGUAUGUACACGAGGAGGUGAUUGGGCUCAACAAGGAAAAGUGUCAUGGAGAUGUCACCCCAGAGAAAAGAAAGAGUCGAUUGGAGAAAUUUGUAAAAGAAGGCCGCCCACUCAGUAAGUGGGAGGUAUGGGUGGCUCUUGAAACAUACUUGCAGCUCCAGGAAAGAUUUGGCUGGGGUGCCUUUAAAAGGGUAUUUGUUGCCUACCACAAGAUAAGCAAUUAUCCACAGGACAACAACGGAAAGAUGAACUUGUAUGCAGAGACCUUCUCCAAAACUGUGGGAAUGAACCUGUGUGGAUUCUUUAAGGCCUGGAGCUGGCCCAUAGAUAGGGCUACUGAGGAGAAACUAUCCAACUUUCCUAGCUGGGUGGACCACCCAAUGGUCCGGUUUGGUUGAACGUUAAGAGUGCUCAUGAUUGGUGUGCAGAGAGCAAGUAAAUGUGUCAAACUUUUUUUUGCGAUUAUAUUUUGCUGGGUUAGUGUUGCACUACUGCGAAACAAACACCACAAAAUAAUUUGUUCCUUUAUCACAGGUGAAUUUUUAUUUUUCAUAUGAGGGGGAAAAGGCAAUAAAACUUUGGUUUAUUAAAACACUUAGGAGUAAUGAAUCAUACAAUCAAUAGGGAAUAACCUAGUCGGGUUUUGAAUGCAUUUUAAUCUGUUGUGUACGUAUUGUUUUUGGUAUUCUUGAAAAAAAAUUGGACCAUUUUAGAAGUACCUUAGUCUUCGGUUGAUCUGAAAUCAGCUCGGGUGGCUUCCCACAAGAUUAGUGCUAUUGAAAAAGGAUGGAUAAUGCUUGCCUGUUUAGGUUAAACCAGAUUGGGAAGAUGUCAAUGCUUGUGCACUCACAAAACACAGUUUAAUUAUUUCACGACUAAUCAUUUAGGAUCAAAAGAAUAAAUGUCACUGUGAGAACGUGACUGUCACAGGUGGCGUUUUAAUAACUCAAUCAAAGGAGGCAGUCAUUAACUUUACAAAUGUAAUGAGUCAAAAGCUUGAGCAGCAUUCCUAAUUCCCCAUCAAAAAUAUGCAUUGGAGGUGUGGUGCAAGUACUUAACACCAGUAGAGAAAAAUCUCAGAGAAUAAACCAUUAUCAGUCCACAAGUGUAAUAGGGGGAGCAAACAAUUUACGGUAUUCUUAAUGAAUGUCUUAUAUAUACAGUUUAGACUGUUUUUGACUGAUGUCACAAGCUUCCGAUUUAGAACGCGGGUGCCAUCUUGGUUUGGUGAAUUUACGUAAACACAUGUAACUAAGCAGGAAUCAUUUCAGAAAGGCGUAUGAAUUGGGGCGCACUGCUAUGUUAUCAGUUGCUCAAACGGCCGCUGUAAAACGUCUUUCUUUCGACUGUCAGCUGUGAUCAAGAACCAGUGCGAGAAAACGGAGCAGUUAGUAACCAAACGCAGACAACUGUGGCUGUCUCGUAUUAACAGAGUCGAUCUAACAGUCAACCACAAUACUCGUGUGUGAAUGCAAUGCAUGUCUCCAAAAUCUAUAUUUUCUGUUUUAUUAAAAUAAGUUUGCAAAAACAAAUAACCGCACCUCUAG